CGCCUCCGCCCGCCGCCCCGGCCGCGUCGCGUAAACCUGUUUGGCUAGGCGGCCGCGCCGGGGCGGAUCGUGCGGCCGGCGGCUCCCUCGCGGCUCGCGGCUCGCGGCGUCGGGGCCCGUGGCGCGCGCGCGGCCGGCCCUCGGCCCCGGAGCCCCUCGGCGGCGCCACCAUGUACUCGGGAGCCGGCCCCGUGCUUGCGCCUCCUGCGCCGCCCCCACCACCCAUCCAAGGAUAUGCCUUCAAGCCUCCACCUCGGCCCGACUUUGGGACCUCUGGGAGAACAAUCAAACUUCAGGCCAAUUUCUUUGAAAUGGACAUCCCCAAAAUUGACAUCUAUCACUAUGAAUUGGAUAUCAAGCCAGAGAAAUGCCCAAGGAGAGUUAACAGGGAAAUAGUGGAACACAUGGUCCAGCACUUUAAAACACAGAUCUUUGGGGAUCGGAAACCAGUGUUUGAUGGAAGAAAGAAUCUGUACACGGCCAUGCCCCUUCCGAUUGGGAGGGACAAGGUGGAGCUGGAGGUCACGCUGCCUGGAGAAGGCAAGGACCGCAUCUUCAAGGUGUCCAUCAAGUGGGUGUCCUGCGUGAGCUUACAGGCCUUACACGAUGCACUUUCAGGCCGGCUGCCCAGCGUCCCUUUUGAGACGAUCCAGGCCCUGGACGUGGUCAUGAGGCAUUUGCCGUCCAUGAGGUACACCCCCGUGGGCCGCUCCUUCUUCACUGCAUCUGAGGGCUGCUCCAACCCUCUUGGUGGGGGCCGAGAAGUGUGGUUUGGCUUCCAUCAGUCUGUCCGACCUUCUCUUUGGAAAAUGAUGCUGAAUAUUGAUGUGUCAGCAACAGCGUUUUACAAGGCACAGCCAGUGAUCGAGUUUGUUUGUGAAGUUUUGGAUUUUAAAAGUAUUGAAGAACAACAAAAACCUCUGACAGAUUCCCAAAGGGUAAAGUUUACCAAAGAAAUUAAAGGUCUAAAGGUGGAGAUAACGCACUGUGGGCAGAUGAAAAGGAAGUACCGAGUCUGCAAUGUAACCCGGCGGCCUGCCAGUCACCAAACGUUCCCGCUGCAGCAGGAGAGUGGGCAGACGGUAGAGUGCACAGUGGCUCAGUACUUCAAGGACAGGCACAAGCUGGUUCUGCGUUACCCCCACCUCCCAUGUUUACAAGUUGGACAGGAGCAGAAACACACCUACCUUCCCUUGGAGGUCUGUAACAUAGUGGCAGGACAGAGAUGUAUAAAGAAAUUAACGGACAAUCAGACCUCAACCAUGAUCAGAGCAACUGCCAGGUCAGCGCCAGAUCGGCAGGAAGAGAUUAGCAAAUUGAUGCGAAGUGCAAGUUUUAAUACAGACCCCUACGUUCGUGAAUUUGGAAUCAUGGUCAAAGACGAGAUGACAGAUGUGACUGGGCGGGUUCUGCAGCCGCCCUCCAUCCUGUAUGGGGGCAGGAACAAAGCGAUUGCCACCCCUGUCCAGGGUGUCUGGGACAUGAGGAACAAGCAGUUCCACACCGGCAUCGAGAUCAAGGUGUGGGCUAUUGCCUGCUUCGCGCCCCAGCGCCAGUGCACGGAAGUCCAUCUUAAGUCCUUCACGGAGCAGCUCAGAAAAAUCUCGAGAGAUGCUGGCAUGCCCAUCCAGGGCCAGCCAUGCUUCUGCAAAUAUGCCCAGGGGGCGGACAGUGUGGAGCCCAUGUUUCGGCACCUGAAGAAUACAUACGCCGGCCUCCAGCUGGUGGUGGUCAUCCUGCCUGGCAAGACCCCUGUUUAUGCUGAAGUCAAGCGUGUAGGAGACACGGUGCUGGGGAUGGCCACGCAAUGUGUACAGAUGAAGAAUGUGCAGAGAACCACGCCGCAGACCCUGUCCAACCUCUGUUUGAAAAUCAACGUCAAACUGGGAGGCGUCAAUAAUAUUCUGCUGCCACAGGGCAGGCCUCCAGUGUUCCAGCAGCCUGUCAUCUUUCUUGGCGCUGAUGUCACCCACCCGCCUGCUGGGGAUGGGAAGAAGCCUUCAAUAGCUGCUGUGGUGGGUAGCAUGGAUGCACACCCCAAUCGCUACUGCGCCACUGUGCGUGUGCAGCAGCACCGGCAGGAGAUCAUCCAGGACCUGGCGGCCAUGGUACGUGAGCUCCUCAUCCAGUUCUACAAGUCCACUCGCUUCAAGCCCACCCGCAUCAUCUUCUACCGUGACGGGGUCUCUGAAGGCCAGUUCCAGCAGGUUCUCCAUCACGAGCUGCUGGCCAUCCGCGAGGCCUGCAUCAAGCUGGAGAAGGAUUACCAGCCAGGGAUCACAUUCAUCGUGGUGCAGAAGAGGCACCACACACGGCUCUUCUGCACUGACAAGAACGAGCGGGUUGGGAAGAGUGGGAACAUUCCAGCAGGCACAACUGUGGACACGAAGAUCACCCACCCGACCGAGUUCGACUUCUACCUGUGUAGUCACGCAGGCAUUCAGGGGACAAGCAGGCCCUCCCACUACCAUGUCCUUUGGGAUGACAAUCGAUUCUCCUCCGAUGAGCUGCAGAUCCUCACCUACCAGCUGUGUCACACCUACGUGAGGUGUACGCGCUCCGUGUCCAUCCCAGCACCAGCGUACUAUGCUCACCUGGUGGCCUUCCGGGCCAGGUACCACCUGGUGGAUAAAGAGCACGAUAGUGCUGAGGGAAGCCAUACCUCUGGGCAGAGCAACGGGCGAGAUCACCAGGCGCUGGCCAAGGCGGUCCAGGUCCACCAGGACACGCUGCGCACCAUGUACUUCGCUUGACGUGUUGUGGUGUCAGCGAUUGUGGACCGAAUUGGAUUCACACGAGACCAGCUACACUCAGACCAACAGAUGCCCAGCCCUCAGUGACAGCAGCAUUGAACAUGAGACGCCAUUGGUUUAUUGGAUUCUCCAUUUCCAGAAUGCCUUCCGUCCCGGAUUUCAAACUUGGAUUUUGAACUGCAGACCUGUAUGAGACCCCAUUGUCGUAGGAAAUAUGGUUUGCCAAAAUCUAUAAGCUGCUUAUUAAAAUAGAGUCCCGUGUUUCCUAAAAAUCUCCUAAAACCAGUCUAUGAACUCAGGGCUUUAAAACAUUUUUAAUUUAUUUGGUCAUUCAAUUUACUUGUUUUUUAACACAUGAUUCUCUGUGAAAUUGAUGGGCUCAAACUAGCUGUGAACAUUCUGAGAGUGAAAGCAACACAAAAUAUGAUGGGGGUUUUAAAGCCUUGAGCCUUCUGGUGGUGUCACUAGAGUUGAGUUCCAGUGCGUUGUGCUCCUGGCAUGGCUGCACAGCUCUGCGGCCCCAGGGCAGGUAGCCGUGUGAGGUGUCCACAGUUGCCUCUCGCCCUGCCAGCACCUGCCCUCGUGGCCCCGAGCUAAGGAGGAGUGACAGAGGAGGGCCACAUGUGUUUACAGCAGUGACAGGUCCAGAGAGGUUGGCAGACAAGUGCCAUUUUAAUAAAAGUUUAUUUAAAAAGAGAAAAAAGAUAAUAUACCGACAGUCUAAUCAUAAGAUUUGUCCUAGAGGACUGUGACAUUUAUUUUCCAAAGUUUUAAAGAAUACGGGUCUGUGGUGGUAAAUACAGUACAAUCCUUUUUCACUGUUAUGUCAUUAAUGUAAGAGAGAAAUAUAUAUAUCUGGUUUGCAGUAUUAAUGUGAUAGAUGACGCUGUUCUCCUUGUGUUGUGACCUGUCUCGCAUACCAGGAGUGGCUUGCAGCCUGGGGAUGGGCCACUGCUUGCGGCUCUUUGUGCUUAAGAACAGGAGUAUGCAACUGACUUCAAAUGGCAGCAAUCUGCUCCCAGUAUGGACUGUGUCGCCUGUGCCUCCCAGAGGGCCGCUGCGCCCCCAGUCCCUUGCCACCCUCCCACCACCUCAUCCCUGUGUCGCUCAGCCGAAGAAGCACAAAUGGAGUUCAUUUAUUCUUCCGUUGCUGGGAAACAAGUUCAUGUAUCAGAGUGCACUCUGUCACGCGUGGCUUUUCAUAGGAUCUAUGCACUGAAACGGAUCGGGGUGGAGCCUGAGCCUGCCCUGGGAGUCCCCCAGGUCAGACCAGUGGAGGGCACAGACUGCUCUGGCAGAAUUUGCAUUUGGGCCUGAUAUGGGUUGACAGGUCUAGAAACCAUUGCACUAAGAGUGACGCCAUGGACAGUUUUAAAGGAGAGCAGCAGACCUUGCCGUGUGUUGUGUGUGGGCUCUUUGUCCUCGUACCCAAUUCAAGUAAGAAUCAGAUCCAUGUUCCACAUAGAAGUUGAAGGAAGGAGACAAGCCUUCCCCUAUGCUGCUCUGUGCUCUGUAGGUUUGCCCUCUCCCUGCUGAAGUCCCCUCCCCAGCCCUGUGUGAAGUUACCUCCCUGGCACUGCGUGGCAUGAGGGUCUCAUCGGUGGUGCCUUGUGCUGGAGGAGGCACCACCUCUGCCCUGCCAUUCACCAGCAUCAGAGCUGUAGAGAGUGGCGGUGAGCCCCACAGGCAGUGCUGACACUGCACCUAGACAGGUGGCAGUGACCUAUGAAGGUGUGUCCUUAAAGUCAGGGGUGUGUCUCUCUGUGUGUGUGUGUGUGUGUGUGUGUGUGUGCGCGCGCGCGUGCAUGUGUUACUAAUGACAUCAGUCUCUUCUUGCUGUGUCUUUUUUAAAAGUUCUUGAGUGAUAAGCCUCCAGUCUAAGAAGCACUGCAGCUGCCUAUUACCUCGUCAGCAAGUGGCACUUUCUCAGACUUGCCAGAAGGAUAUGAUUACACUGAGGAGGACUCACCAGGCAGGCAAAUUGAAGAGGCAAUCUUUGACUAGCAAAAGUUCAGACUCUGAAGUUAGGUUGGUUUCAGCCAACCUAACUUGGAACCCUGUGUCUCAAAGUUGUGUCUGCCCCACUUGCAGCAGGGGCUCAGUGGUGGAGGAGAGGUUGGCCUUGUUAAAGUGCAUGUUCCCAGGCCUGGACAAACCUCCUGGGUCAUGUUCUCAGACCAGGGCUGCUUCUGCAUCUCUGGAGGCUCUGUGACUCUGGGCACGGCUGCUUGGGAGUCAGCAGGAGGGACUCCACAACAAACCAGUAAGAUGGCAUCCGAGCUAGUGCCCAGGAAAGCGUACAGGCUGGCAGAAAAUCAGACCCUUUAAGUUUUGUGGUUAGUUUUUUCAUUUUGUUUUUAUCAUUUUGAAGGAUGAGUUUUUUUUUCAGUGGGCCAAUUGGGAAGUGUACUUUUUAUAGCCCUCUGCUUGUUUUGUUUUUUAAUUACUGUUAAAAAAAUCAGACCAAAUGUCCCCUGUUCAGUUAGCCACGUAGCUUUGUACACGUCUGAUGAUGCAGAGUUCAAUGGCUGUAGUUUCAAUUGCUCAGGUAAAUAAUUGUUUUCCCCAUUUUCUACCAGGCUCCCCUGAUUAGCAUGAAUUUUGAGAUAGUGCAAGACUCAGACUGCAGUGGCCUGAGUCCAAGCCCUGACCUGUGGCAGCCAAAAGUGGCACUUGCUGUCCUCUGCCUCCUGCACCAUAGACCUAGCUCUGCUGCCCCCAGAGGGGCACCUUCCUCCUCCUAGGUCUCUCACUGGCUGGCUUUGUCCCCACCACUGUUAAGUAAGGUGUGCCUUGCUGUAAGCAAACUGAAUGUGAAAAUUAUGAUGUGGGUAUCUGGAUUCAUUGGAAAAAAACUAGGAUUUGUUUUACCUCUUUAAAAGACGCCUCCCUUGGGGCUGGUUGGGUGGCUCAAGUGGUAAGAGCGCCUGCCUAGCAAGUGUGAGACCCUGACUUCAAACCCCAGUGUGUCCAAAAAAGACAGAGUAAAAGAGGCCUCCCAACUAGAUUCUCAUACUGGUAUUCUUGCUCAUAGGUUGUAAAAUACUCUCUCUUUAGAAACAUGAGUGAGCCCCCAUCCCAUUCCUUCACCACUGUUACCCUAAGCUGUAGAAGAGCCCUUGGUAAUGUUAGCAAAGACUCCAUCUUGUUACUCAUGUAUCACAGGCUCAGAUUUUCCUUGUUGAGAUCAAUUUUGUAGAGCUGACAAGCAUACUUGGAUUUUUAGAAAGGGGUUGAUUGGUGUUGGCUUUGAUUUCCUGUUCUGGGGAGUCUUUACACACACGCUUUUGAUAUUGCUUUAGGGUCUGCUUUGUCUUCUCCAGAUUUGGUUGUAUGUGGCCUGCCCCAGAGGCAAGGCCCAGAAGAGAGCCCCGUGCUGUGCAGUCUACAGCUGACUGGAAUACUGCUGUUCCUAGUGUUUACUCCAUACUGAGCGCUUGCUGCGAAGACAGUUUUACUUCAGUCCUGCAGGGUGGGGGCAGUUUGAUUGUUGUCAUACAUUAUUUUAUUGUUUUUAAAUGCAAAUGUUGCUAUUUAUUUUUUUUUUAACCUUCCUUUCUUCUCUGGUUCGAUUUGGCUAGCGUGGAUAUUCCAGUGCAUGUGGUACCUGAUGGGUAUGGUAGAGAUUGUUUCCCGACUUUUGUAAAUCACCUAAUGUUUACCUUCACGUUUGCUGGAUGAUUUAUCUUUAAAAGCCACAAAUGUAAUUUUUCUGGAUGAAUUGUGUUUCUUAUAUAUGCAGCAGUGUGCUUUUGCAUUGAUCUGCAGAGUGACUUAAAUUUUAUUUUUGCAAGGCAGUUUUUUCAGUCAAAUUCUAUAUUUGAUACAAUGCGUUAAGGGUAGACCAGCCACACAUCUUGCAGUCCCAGCACUGGAGUGUCUCCAGGACGCCUUUGGGGCUGGGGCGGCUUCUCCUGGGAGCUGGUGUGGUGAUAGCCUCGCUGGUUGCAGGAGCCUCAGGAAGUGGACGUCGUCCUUCAGCGACCUUGACCCAUGGGCGGGCUGGAAGGAUUUCCCAUGGGCAUUUCCUACUCCUAAGGCAGUUCCAUUAGGAGGAUCUUUAGAGGUGACCUAAUCCAGACAGUGGACAAUCGGUGGCCCAGACAAGCCAUAAGAAACCUUGCUGUGACCUCUGACUCAUCUCUCACGAGCAAAGGAAUGUAGGUAGAAGUAGACCCCUUAGCGUUCCCGCGCCUCACCUGCAGAAUGCAAAUGCUGUAUGUACGUUCUCCAGCUGCUGCGCCAGCAGUCCCGCUGCUGUGACGUGUUCCACUGUUGACAGUGCAUGUGUGACUUCUUGUCACGGGGCGUCCCUGAUACACGCAUGCUGGCUCUUCUGUAAGGAAAAUUUUUCAGCUCAAAACAGUUGCACUGAUCUUCUGAUGACGUCUUUUUGUUGUGUCCAACUUUGCAUCUGCUGUACGUGUCUGAAAUGAUUGAUUGUAAGUAGAUUGAUGUAGUAGCAGUGAGGGGAACAUGGGGAUGUCACCUCCGGGCAGCAACACUGCCACACAUUUCAGUAUUCUGUGCCGAAGCCAUGCAGAUGUAGCUCCAUCUUGUUCUUCAGCCUCGUGUCUUGACCACUGUGAAGGACAGGCUGUCCUCAUUGUCUUGUUUUCCUGACACAGGAAGUUCUCCCUGUGUGGGAUCAGAGGGUUUAAAUUGAAGAGAGCUAACUAAAACUCUUUGGGAUGCGUGGUGGUCUGUUCAGUUCCUUGUGCAUUGCCAGGUUCCCCAAAGCACUUCAUUCUAGUUCCAUCCAGCCUUGGACAGCUGGGAUAGCAGGUGUCUGCUUGGGCCAACCUGGCAUCUCUUUGGCCAGUGGUCCAUUAAAAAGCAUGAGGUCACUGUCAUUUGUGGCACAUCCAUGGAUGCCAGAGAGACCCGAAGCCUUGUGUGGCCUCACGUACCUUGUGAUUCUGCUGAAUUGGAAGUCCGUGCUGCCACCCCCACCCCCACCCCUGUCAGGACAGAAAGCUUUUAAAACCUAGACUGCGUGUGCCUGUGUGUGUGCGUGUGUGCACGUGUAUGUGUAUAUGUGUGUGUGUGUCUAUCGUCUGUGCCAUCGCGGUGCCCUCGCUUUGCUUCUUUGAAUAUGUUCGCCAUUUUAUUGUCUCAAGUGAAUGUAUUGGCUUAGCCAAAUCACUACAGAAGGUGGUUCUAAAUACCUUUUAGUUAAAUGCAGAUAAAAGCUACCUCUGAAGUCUCAAUAGGUUUGUUUUGCUCUUAAGUGUAGCUAUCCACACUGAAAAUAGCUGAGGUGUUGCCUAAAUAAACUGAAUUGUGACCAUCUCUCUGUUCAGUUCUGGCUUGAAAACUGUGUGCCAUACUGUGAUCCGAGGGACCUCUGCACUGCCAGCCACGAGAUUCUAGCUUUCUGAGGCACCAGUAUGAUCCGAGCAGCCCCAGGCCGGCUGGUGGUAUGCAGGCAGCAUGGAUGAGCAUGGCAGCAGCCUGGCCCUGCCUGCGCUCACUUUGCUGUUGAACAGAGGAAGGCGCUUUGUUUCCUGCUUCCUUCUGAAUGGGUUGGAGGUGGCUCCCUCUGCUCUCUCCUCCAUGUUUGCACACUCUGUAAAAUCACAAAGGUGCUUUAACACCCACCUUCCCGCGCAAGUGGUGCGUCAAGGCCAUCCUGUAGUCUCAGAAGGCAGUGCAGGCACUGUUGCUCUUUGACUUUGGAACUUUGAGUUACUGUCACUCCCUUCUUGAACAUGAACUGUUGUCAAGCAAAACAUUCUGUUCCAGUGUAGGGCCCUUUGUUGUCAGAAACGUGUUGCUCAUCCCCUGCUGCCCCCAACGCUGCACUGAGGACCAUUGGCAUCCCCGCCUCUCACUUCUUUCUGUAGGUUCCUUGUGCUCUAAUCUUUGGAAGGUCAGCAGUCACUCCAAGACACUUCCGGCAGUUGACUUUGGAAGUCUUGAGGGCCAGGCAUUUUCAUGACUGUAGACAUCUGGGUGUGUGACGAUGGUUCUGUUCACCAGACGUUGACCUUGGCCCCGAGGGUUCUGGUACAUCACUCCCUGGAGGGACUGCCUUUCACACUGGUUUGGGUUCUGGUACCACAUAGUGUACUUUGAUUCUGAGAGCGCUCAGUGACCUUCAUGGUCUUUCUUGGCGUGUUUUCAGUUCUACCAGCAUGCUCACUCUUCUCCCCUGAGAAGCACACGUGUACAGGGCCCUGGCCUGCUGCUUCACUGGCUGCGAGGCCUCUCGGGACGGCUGCAGGUUUUCAGCCAGAACCCAGUGCAGGGCAUUUGAGAGGCAUGGUGCAGGGAUCUGAGCCAGAGACCUCAGAUCUGUCCAGUAGCCAUCAGCCUGGGCAAUGCCAUCCUGGAGGUGGCCUCGCCCCCUUGAUACCGAUGAGGAGGUUUUCGUGAGAGAGUGCUGAAGACUGCUGUUGCUUGGCCUGACACUUCUCUUACUGGCUGGAGUGAGAACACAUGAAGUCUUUGAUCACCCUUGGAGCUCUAGCUGAGGGGUCAAGUCCCCUCAUCACCUGCCCCUUUUCUGGGGGUGGAAGGAAUCUGCAUUAUCUCAUACUUAAAGCCUCCUUGGAUUUAGGUCGUUCAGAGUUAAAGCUAAAAUACCAAAUGUUAGCCCCCCCAGUGUCCCCAGGAGGGCAAGACCUUCCUCAUUCAGUUCUUUCCAGUCUUUAAGGUCCUCAGCAUUGGUUAACACCCACCAGUGAGUGGCACGAGGCUGGCAGAGCAAGGUGUGCACAGGGACUGAGGCUCCUUGGAACCCUGGGAACAGUCUCCAUGUUGGGGCAGGGCAGACCCUCCGUUCCAAGAAGCAAGUGGCCCCAGUCCUUUGGGCCAUCUCUGAGCGUGUUUGGGGGUUAGUUCCAGACUCUGUGCCUUUACGGUGUGGUCCUCAGUGUCCUUUUGGAAUCAAGUUGGGACUGACCCAUUCGUUCAACACAUCAGUCACUGACCCCUGCCUUGGAAGCUCCUUCUGCACCAUUCCAACUACAAACUGUGACGCUGCCUAGUAGGCUACAGCUGUGAGACCACCCUCACCUGCCCCAUCCUGGGUGCCUCUGCACCCUGAUGUGUAUUGCACCUGUGCUGGGCUUUGAGGAGCCAGGUGCAAGGCUUUGGUUUACUGGGCAUUGACUAACCAUCAUUGCUGGGGCCCCCCUCUUAGCACUGGCAAGAACAUCUGUGCAAAUGGAAGUGGGUGAUUAAAAAGGGAUGCAAAUCGGUCCUUGUAAAAUGUCUGGAGUCCUCAGGCAUAGGGGGCUGUUCAGUUCUACCCUUAUUUUGCAGUGUUUUUCAUCGUCGUUCUGUUUUGUGACAUUUGGGGAAGCCGCUUGCCUAGGUGUGGUGUCACUUGAGGAGGCACACUGGACUCCAGCUUUGCCGGGACUGACACACAGUUUUUUUCUAUCUUUACAGGCCAGGCAGCGAGCAGUUUCUUGGCUGAUGGUUUAAUUAGAAACCACCCUUCCCUGCCCUAUCAAGGGACAAUGUUGUUGGUUCUAAGCAGAGAGGUAAUCCAAUGGAUUACUUUUUAGAAUGUAGAAAAAAGGCCUUUCCCUCAGGGGUCAUUAGCAAUCUUGGUUUCUCUUCAAAGCCAAAUAGACACCUGUGAUGAAAUCUUAACGGAAAGAGUUUAACAUUCAAUUGAAAUUUGAAUCUUGAGUUAAUAGUGAAUUUUAAUAUAGUUGUUAAAAGUAUGAGUUUAGAUUUUAUAACUGUAGAGACAGGUUGGGUUUUUUUUUUAAAGUUAUUAAAAAAAAGAAUUUUAAGAUUCCAUGCAACAAGUGACUAAUGACUCAUUAAAUCUAGGCAGAGAAGGUGUAUGUAAGUCUGCUUCCUCUCCUCAGCACUUCACACUGCUUGCUUGAUACAUACUGAGGGGUCACCCCUUCGUGCUGUCAGUUUUUACUUUUAUUUUUAUGAAAUAAUUGAAAAAGAACCAAAAAUGAAUGAAUCCAAAAGUCCCAUAGGAGAUCUUGCCCCUUCUUAAUUUUCCCCACUCUAAAAUAUUUCGGAAGACAUUUUGAAUCAAAAUGUAUUCUGGCCAUUUAAAGUUUACUGUUUUCUGAGAAGUCAAGCAGCUGACAGGACCUCGUUCCAGGUGGUGCUCUGCGUGGUGUCCCUGUACAGUGGAUCAGUGUGGCGACGUCUUGUGUUUGCAGUGUAGAAACCACAGAGUGCUGUCUUGUAAAUUGACCGUUCCUGUAUAAACUAUUAUUUCUAUACGUUGGCCUCGGGCUGUGUAUACAGUUUUUCAUUUGCUACAUGGAUUGUAUAAUUAUGAAAUUACAGUAUUCACUAAAUCCACAUCUGAGGCUUCAUGUCAUUGUCUUUGUUUGAUACCAUUCUUUGUGUCCUGAGGAGGUCCAGUGCUUGCAUGACAAUAGGUGGUACUUCCACUUUCAAUUAAGCCUUAAUCAGAUGUUAAAUUUGUGAGUUUCAGAGUAUGCAAAAACAGUAGGCAGGGUGAGUUCCACCUGUUCAGAUCAAGAUGUUAAUAGCAUAACCUAGCAAGUCUCUGGAGUUAGAAAGGAAGUCUCCAGGGAUCCACCUCUCUCCCUCACUCUCUCUCUCUCUUCUGGUCUGGCUCGGCUGUUGCCCUUGAUUGGUGAAAAUGGACCAUUGUGCAUGUCUGUGGCAGUCAGGCAAAAAGACCUGAGACUUUCUCAGGGUCACAUGUAAAUGUCUGGUUUCUUUCCUCCGGUCUGAGGUUUGUUUAUGCUGCUGGGAAUAUGAUUUGGGUGUCGGUCCUACUUACAAACUUUCUCAUGACGCUCUAAGCUUGCUUCAGGUGGUGCCACCUGACAAUGCUUCUGCAUACGAUUAAAAUGGAUUUUUGUUUUUGUAAAAGCAUCUUCAAUUUUGAGGUAAAAUGGAGGGGACCCAGCUUUCUUUACAAUGUGGAUCUACCUCAGUUAAACAGUUGGGUGCUAUUUACUAAGUCUGUCAAAUUAAAUUGGAAAGUUACCAAACCGUGAGCUAUAACUCCACAUGAAACUUGAACUCGUAAUUUCCGUUUAUUUAAUAAUAUUUUUAUUUAUUUUGUGCCUUUUAUGUUGAACCCUGAUGCAUUAACAAAACCAGAAUAGGAUCCACCUUUUCUAUGACUGCAGGUGGGGCGAAGAGUCCAGUUGACCAUGGCCUUGAUAGGUUCCACAGACAACUGCUACAGUAUGUUGGGAUCCCAACUACCCUCUUGUAGAAAGGAAAAAAUUAUGUCCAAGAGCAAAUUCAGCAUCCUAAAAUAUAAAUUUCAAGCUCUUCUAUGCAUGUAUUUAUAGCUAUCACUUCAUUUUCUGUGCCAAAGAAGGGGCGGCCAAAUUAAACAAAAAACAAACAAACAAAAAAAGAAUGACAAGUACUUUUUCAUUGCUUUUUUAACCAUUCAUGCCCCUCUUCUUCUGGCGUAUUUUAUAAGCGUUCGUUUCAUAAGCAGCAAAGGGACUGUUGUCGAGUCCAUCUCUCCUGAUCUGCCUGGUGGAGGUGCUCGUGGCCGUGGGCAGAGGGCCGGGUGAGCUCGUGGCUGGUGGGAGGCCUGUGCUCAGCAGCAGCCCCCCAGUUCUGGUCACUAGAAGGCAUUCCGACCAGUAAGGACAUACGACAGGAGAUCGGUGACUUCCCGUGCUUUUAUAUUUGGCAGUUUACAAUUCUAGACUUUUCCUACUAUGGCAAUCUUUUUUAACUCAAUUGUUUGGAGGUAAUACAAUAUUUUGGAGUCUUAAGAAUUUGAUUUUAUACCAAUAAGAAAUAAAAGUUUGGGAUCUUUCCUGUAGCGUAUGGUUUUACUAUUUUAAGGAACUCUCUGGAUUUUACAAGAGAACCAACAUUCCUUAGUGGCAAAACUUCGCAAGUUGAUUUGAGAGGCUUAUUGCUGCAGGAUCUCAAAAAAAAAAAAAAAAAAAAAAAAAAAA